AAAAGUGACGCAGCAGCCCCGCACCGCAGCCCCCGCCCCCCAGAGGGCAGAAAACCUAGAAAGUGCACGCGCAUUGAAAACUACUAUCAGUCGAUGAGUUUGGUUUCCUGUAGGCGAAGUUACAGUUUUGUAUCUGCAAGAACAUUUGUUUUUUUUUGGUUAGCAGCUGGUCUCUGGCGCCGCGGUGCGAGAACAGGACGAGAUCCCCGGGCUUUGAAGGGUCCCUGACUUCACUUUAGGUUUGGGGCAGCAUCGGCCCCGGAGUUUAAUCGGUCACUGAAGAUGUGGACGAUCGCCUGCCUGUCGCUGCUGUGGCUGCUUGGAGCGUCCAGUAACGAAGCUGAAAGGGAAGAAGUGGUUGGUGUCCUUGGCUCAUCAGUUUUACUGGAUCCUAAAAUCACCGUUGAUUCCGGCAAGAAUGAAAUCCUUUGGACUUUCAAAGCCAGCAACGAAAGCCAAUAUGAUAUUUUGGAUCACGUCCCAGGUGUUGCCACAUCGGAACCAAGUGAACAGUUCAAGGACCGUUUACAAUUCAGCGCUUUGAGUGCUGCACUGACGAUAAGCAGAUUAAAUGCCCGUGACCAAGGAGAUUACACCUUCACUGUUGAUGGGAACGAAUUGAAAAUAAUGGAGUUGCUUGUCAUUGAUAAAGUUAAAGAAGAGUUUGGUCUCCUUGGCUCAUCGGUUUUACUGGAUCCUGAACUCAAAGUUGAUCCCAGCAAGAGUGAAAUAAUUUGGACCUUCAUCGGCAGGAGCAUUUUGCAUCAUGUCCCAGGUCACAGCUUAGUGGAACUGAGUGACCAGUUCGAGUUUCGUCUGCACUUUAAUACUUCUAAUGGUGCUCUGACUGUGAAUGGAGCAGAACAUGGUGACCAAGGAGAUUACACCUUCAUGGUGGAUGGACAAGAGCUGAGAAUAAUACAACUACACCUCUUUGAUAAAGUUAAAGAAGAGUUUGGUCUCCUUGGCUCAUCGGUUUUACUGGAUCCUGAACUCAAAGUUGAUCCCAGCAAGAGUGAAAUAGUUUGGACCUUCAUCGGCAGGAGCAUUUUGCAUCAUGUCCCAGGUCACAGCUCAGUGGAACUGAGUGACCAGUUCGAGUUUCGUCUGCACUUUAAUACUUCUAAUGGUGCUCUGACUGUGAAUGGAUCGGAAAAUGGUGACCAAGGAGAUUACACCUUCAUGGUGGAUGGACAAGAGCUGAGAAUAAUACAACUACACCUCUUUGGGUUUUCCUUCAAGGAUAUUAUACUGAUUGCUGCAUUGACCGCAGGACAGGUGAUUUCUGCACCAUCUCUUCGUUCAGCCGUGUUACUGGACCAGUGGGGGUGGAAAACCCUCGGAGGAUAUUUGGGAAACACAUUUUAUUUUCUAAGCGUGUGCAUCUGUAAUACCUUGUCACUUACUGCCACAUAUAUUGGAUUAAUUUAUUGGUUUGUGGUUAAAGGCCUUUCACCGUUGGACUUGGUUGUGAUUUGUGUGAUGAUCGUAGGAUUGCAGCUUUCCUCAUUUUAUAUCAAUGUACUUUGGCUUUUGACCAAGAUCAAGGAAUUACUGAAAGGUUCUAAGAUGACCACAAUUUGGUGGAAGUUGAAAGCCGUCUGUGAUGUUGUCCUCAUUAAUUGUUUCAUCAUUGCCUGGAUCAUCAGCACUACGAUUUCAGGCCUUUCCACUGUGGGAAUUGUCAGUAUCAUCUUGUCAAUCGUACUGCCAGUUCUGAUCGUAUUAAUUCUGAUGAGUCAGUCCUUGGUCACAGGUGAUUCCAUCAAGGAUGCUUUAGUUGUUGGCCUGAUGUUGCCAUUGGUGAAUGUUAUGAUAAUCGUGUACUUGAUGUGCAAGAAGAUUUCUAAUAAAGAUGGUGAUAGAUUGAGAAGAUGGAUACCUGUCUAUAAUGUUGGUUUUCUCAUUGUCGUCAUCAUUGCUACAAUAUCCUGGAUGGUGUUUAAAGGCCUCAGACCAGAGGAUGUAGGAGUUGCCGUUACAUCGAUGGUGGGACUGGUGUUUGCUACAGCGUAUGCUAUUAUAUUCACGUGCUGGUCAAGGAAAGAAUACCCAGACGACAAGCAGUGGUGGUGGUGCCUGAAUACUUGUAACAUUGUGGCUCUUGUCUUCAUCCUCACUGCCCUCAUUUGCUGGAUUGUGUCUAAAGAUCAAAGCUGCAAGACCAACAUUUCACUCUGGAUCAUAUUGACUCUAUUAGGGGUCACAGUUAUUAUAACAUUGUCGAGAUCCUUUCCAGUUUGCAGUAGAAAUGAAGGAACUAGUGAGAACAACCGUGCUGAAAUAGAACAGGAUCUUGGAGAAAUGCAGGAAUUACAAAUUCUCAGACCAGGGCGUGAAGUUGAAGCUGAAAAACAUCCGGUCAGUUAGAAGGGAGACGGCAGCCUUCAGUUCCAGAGGUGACUGUGAGGGCAGGUUCUGUGUCCCUGCUGUAGACUGGAGCCUGGAAAAUCCUUCCCUCCAACAGUGGGAACAUGGUGCUCUGCAGCUGUAACUUGUCUCACCCUGAGUGAGAACAACACUGCACUCAUUUCAGCUCUCAGCUUCCGGUGAGAAAUUCAAUCCUUGAUCAUCUGGCAAAAUUCUCAUUGGCACCGGAAUCAUUUUAGGGAACAGGAAAGAGGAGUCCAGAGGUACUCGGUUCACAAGAGCUGAUGGGUAUGAUCACAAACAAGAGAGAAGCUGGAAAUGCAAGCAAACACACAAAAUACUGGAGGAACUUAGCAGGCCAGCAGCAACUGUGGAAAAUAGUUGAAUCGAUAUUUUGGGCUGAGACCUUUCAACGAGUCUGAAAGAAGAUGAGGAGUCAGAAUAAGAAAGUGUAGGGAGGGGAGGAAGAACCACAAGGUGAUAGGUGAAACUGGCAAGGGGAAGGGGUGAAGUAAAGUGCUGGGAAGUUGAUUGGUUAAAGAGAUUCGGGGCUGGAGAAGGGGAAAGUGAUAGGAGAGGGCAGAGGUCAUGAACGAAAGUAACGGGGGAGGAGCACAAGAGCAAGGUGAUAGGCAGGUAAGGAGAUAAGCUAAGAGAGGGAAAAAUGGGAAUGAGAAAUGGUGAAAGAGAGCGGGCGUGGGGGGAGGGGGCAUUACCGGAACUUCAAGAAAUCCAUAUUCAUGCUAUCAGGUUAGUGACUAUCAAGACAAAAUAUAAGGUGUUGCUCCUCCAGCCUGAGUCUGGUGUCAUUACGACAGGAGAGGAGGCCAUAGUCUGACAUGUUGGAAUGGGAAGCGGAGUUAAAUGAUUGAUGUGAAAUCAGGGAUGCAGUCAGCAGUGAGCUGGGGGGAAACAGACUCCUAAGGCUGUGAACUAACUGGGGGAGCCUGGCUGGGAUUGUCGGUGUGGAGAAGUGGAAAACUGCACUGGUUGGAUGGAAGAAUGAGAAUCAAUCUAAACUCAAUGUGUAAGUGAAAUGGUUGUGAUAUCAGGACAGCUCAAUGCAUCGGAGUUGUGGAAGCAGGGAUAGAGGUGGUAGUGUUUUCAUGGAAAUCCUUGAAGGUUGACAGACUAGUUGAUGUGGUUAAAAAUUCAGGGGCAGCAGGCUGAGGGUAGCAGACAUCAACAGAAUCAACAAACUCAUUCGUCAGGCCAGUGAUGUUGUGGGGGUGGAACUGGACUCUCUGACGGUGGUGUCUGAAAAGAGGAUGCUGUCCAAGUUGCAUGCCAUCUUGGACAAUGACUCCCAUCCACUCCAUAAUGUACUGGUUAGGCACAGGAGUACAUUCAGCCAGAGACUCAUUCCACCGAGAUGUAACACUGAGCGGCACAGGAAGUCAUUCCUGCCUGUGGCCAUCAAACGUUACAACUCCUCCCUUGGAGUGUCAGACACCCUGAGCCAAUAGGCUGGUCCUGGAUUUAUUUACUGGAUUAACUUAUUACUAUUUAAUUAUUUAUGGUUUUAUAUUGCACUAUUCUUCCUGGUGCGGCUGUAAUGAAACCCAAUUUCCCUCGGGAUCUUGACCUCACAAUCUACUUCACCUUGGUCUUACAGUUAUUGUCUGCCUGCACAGCAAUUCUCUGUAAUUCUGCAUUCUGUUAUUGUUGUACCUUGUACUACCUCAAUACACUGUUUAAUAAAAUGAUCCAUUCAGGUAUCACCAU